AUACAAGUCUCAUGUUUCUGAAAAAGUCGAUGUAACUGGAGUCGUAUUAUCAUUGGUUCAAACCCAAGUCGUGUCGGCUAGACUCAACUUACCCUAUGAACAACACAACCACAUUCACCUCUUUCAAUUUGGACUCAAGUACACUCUGCCAGUGCCACUGCACCACCACCACUUUACAAACACUGACCACCACCACCCCUCGAUCUGCACAGAAAACCAACAAACAACACGACGAAAUCCACCACUUCUUUCUGACACACAAUGUGUUAUGUAGGAAAAGCUACAAAGAUCUUCAUCUUUCUCAUCACCGUUCUCCUUAUUACUGGCCUCCUGUUAGGCUUCGGCGUCCUCCGCCAUAAAAUUCAUCUUAAUUCACAUAACUGCUCCGGCAACUCAUGCUCUCAAUCGGAUCUCUAUCCUCCGCCGGUGGACUUUCCGAUCACCUCCACUCCUGAUUCAGGUGCAUCCAAUCCUUCCGAUCUCUAUCCUCCUCCGCCGCUGCCAUCGUCUGGUUCAAGUUCGAAUCUAGCUCCACCGCCUCCGGUUCCGUCACUAGCACCACCGCCGUCGGAAUUGAGUAGUGGUAAUCAACCUCCGCCUCCGCCGUCGCCGGUGUCUGUAGCUCCUCCGCCUCCGCCGGUGGUUGCUGUAGCUCCGCCUCCGGGAUUUAAUCCGGCGAUCCGGUUCCGGUAACUUCAGGUACAUUUUGAGUGACACUUUUGGGGAGAUGAAUCACUCAUCAAAACCUCCGACUCCAUUUGUUUGGAAAGAUUAAUCAUCCAAUAUACAAGAAUGUUGCUAGAUUUGCAGGAGUCUUUGAUGAAAGUGGCGAUACCGUUAUAGUAAUACGAAGGUGAAAAUGGUGAUUGGGUGUAAAUGUAAUAUUUGAGUGACCGAUUCAUUCAUAUUAUUUAUGGACAACUUUAUUUAAUUUUUGUUUGAAA